UGAAAAUAUUUCGAUGUUUAUGUGGUUGCAAAUGAUUUUAUUGCAGUGUAAACCAAAACGCCGCCGUUUCAACCCGGUACAUAAGUGGAAUGCGACAGAAGAAAAAGCGCUUGUGGAGUUCCUAAUGGAAAUAGAAGUUUCGAGAAACCAAUGGCUCAAAGCUUUUAUGGUCUUUUCAUCGAAGACACGCAGCUGACGGUAGGAUGGAAAAUAGUGUGCGCAAAAGUACGCAAUAUGCGCACUAAUUAUAAUAAAGCAAAGGAGUUGGAAUUGUCGACAGGCGCAGGAAGUAUGGAAGGCGACACAAUAAAAAAUACUUUAAGAAAAAUGUGUUUUUUCUAUGAAGAAUUGGACGAUAUUUUCGGCAGCAGAUUAAAUUGUUCUGCAGUAGUGGAAGACAGUUUGCUGACGUUGUUAGAAAGCGACUCUACAAGUCAAUCGGGAGCAGAAUGUGUGGUUGAAGUGGGCAGUUCAGUUGAAGCUGAAGAAGUACAAAGUCCAGCGUUGAACGACAAUGUGUGCACUCGAAGGCAGAAAGGAAUAUAUUCCAAAACUGCCUUGUCAGAUAUUUUGUAGGUUCAUGGCAAGAUCGCAGAAAUAAGGAAGCAAAAGCUUGAGAUUGAUGUUGCAGCAAGGGAAAGGGAAAUGUCAAUCAAAGAAAAACAAUUAGAGUAAAAAGAAAAAGAAAUAGAAUUAGAAAAAGAGAAAUUAAUGACAAAUUAGAAAUUGAAAAAAUGAAAUUACAAACGUAGGAGAGGUUGGCAAUGGAAGAGCUUAGGCUAAAAUAUAAAU